AUGCAAGCAGCACCAUCAGCGCCCAUCGAUGCAUCCAAAUUUGUUGCAUAUGUUACCGAACGACGAAAAAAGAGGAUUUUGUUUAAAGGCGAAUAUAUUAUGAUAUUACGUUCGGUUGAUCCGGUCAAAUGUCGAUGUGAUAUCGGCCUGACAAUGGAGAGUCGGAAUCAAUUUCCUGAUACGCUGCCGUAUGAUUACAAUCGUGUCAUACUACGUAAGCUUCCUGGUGACAAAAAUUCACAUUAUGCUAACGCUAGCUAUGUUAAUAGUUGGCUACGUGAGAAAGCCUAUGUUGUAACGCAAGCUGUUAGAACUAAACCUGCGAUAACGGAAUUCUGGAGAUUAAUUUGGGAGCUUGGGUCAAAUUGUAUUGUUAUGUUAACCAAAGUUUUCGAUUUUAUGCGGGUUAUGUGCCUUCAAUAUUGGCCUGCCACUUCUAGUGAAUAUGGCCAAAUCGAAGUGGAAACAUUGGAGACCAAAAGUUACGCUCAUUUUAUCAUCCGUACGCUACGAUUAUCGAGAGUGGAUCCGGAUGUAGGUCAGCAAACCCGUGUAAUUAAGCAUUUUCACUUUACUGAAUGGGAGCUUGAUAGUUUGCCGUACAUUAGCGCCUUUAUUGAAUUACGUCGACGAGUGCGCCAAUAUACCGAUAAAUUUCGUGCUGACGCACCAAUCGUUGUACAUUGCAGAAAAUAA